GUGACCAACAAACUACAAACAUGUGGCGGUGGGUCUGUACACCGGUCUUUUCGCAUCAAUCUUUGUGUUCCUCAAGAGCCGCUGAUAUAUCUCUACUAUAACUUCUUGUUCUCCGGGCCAAGACUUGAACCAAGACAUAAAUUGCCCUAACAGCAAACAGUGCUAUUCAGCCAAGCUACACCCUCAAAAGCAUGAAAACAUGGCCGACAACGAAUUAAUAAUAGCGAUCGUAUCGCUCGUCAUCGCCAUCGUUGCCUUCAUCAUCGCAACAGCACAAGCACUACAACAAUUCGCCGCCAGCGCAGAAGGUUAUCGAUUAUGCGGUGAAGGCAUCAUGGGCCUCUGGGGCAAAAAAACCAAACGAGUUUUUACCUGGAAUGAAUUCCGAUUCAAAGUCAUGAUGCGGACUCCAAUUCUUUUUGUCGCUCCGCCAAAUAACACUCGAGGCCCUGUUCCUGAACGACCGGUGUAUAAUAUUACCGGAUCUUUGAAAAGUUAUGAGGAAACGCAUUGUAGAGUUCCGAGUCAGCAAGCAGAUGAUGCGAAAGCUGGAGCUAUGAAAGUUCAUACGGCUGAUGAUGAGCAUGCGAGUUGGGUUGUUUUUAUGGAGGCUUUGCAGAAGGCUGAGGUUGAGGGAAGGCAGUGGGAUUUGGGGUCUUCGAAGAAGACAGCGAGGGAUUCGUCGAUGAUGAGGGAGGUUCCGUCGACGAUGGUUGUGCAGGUGCAGGAGAAGAAGAGGAGUUGGGAUCAGAUGCCUGAUGCGGUGAGGAAGCCGUUUGCGACGUCGAAUAUUAGCCAUAUCGUGGAGAUGGCGGCGCUUUUGGGAAUGCAGUGGGUUACGUUUGAUCAGGAUACGUGGAAUUUGAGGGCGGAGGGGAAUGGGUAUAUGUUGCUUUCGCAGACUGUAUGGGGAUUGGGGGUGAGUUUGUCUUUUGCUGUGACGGGGAAGGCGAGUUUUGCAGAGAAUAGGAUGAUUCCUUGUCCGGCUGUGAAGCAGAUGCUUUUUGGGUCUGUUCAGACGAUCUUUGAUGGUUUGCAGCUGAAUUUCGAGCCCAAGAAGGCUGCUUGGGAGGAUAUGUUUGUGACGCAGCGGACGCUGAGGUCGUUGAAGCUGGAUCGAAAGUCGAUUGAGAGGUACUUCUCGAGGAAGGAGCAUAGCGUGAUUCGAUCAGUCUCCUUCGAAAUGAUCGCCAUGCUCAGCAAAGUCUUCCGCAUCCCCGGCACAAACUUCAAACGCCUCCCCAAUCCAACUCCAGACCCCUGGCUCAACGACCUCAGCGCCUGCAAAAUCCAAUCCGAAUUCCAAGGCAACAUCGCCCGCAUGAUUCACGAAGCACAAUCUCCUUCCAACGUCCUUGCCCGCCUCAACUGGAUCGAUGCCAUCUGGCAAGAAAGUCUCAAACCUGUCUGGCAGUCCAACCCUUCCGAAAUCUCCAUCGAUAUGCGCGACGCCGUGCAAUCCGCCAUCUCAGCCAUCGAUAACGAAUUCUUGCAUACCUAUGGCGAAACCCAAAUUCUCUUCAUCGCUGGCGCCCACGUCUCCGUCGUACUCGAAGAAAUCAGCGAUCCGAAAUCAUUCCUGCAUUCGAGAGAUUGUGAUACUGAAGAGGAAAUCUGGUACCACUACUUCCACGUCAUCCGAGAGAAAGUCAUCAAUUUUCAAGGCUCAUCGGUGAGGGAGAGAGUUGUGGAGAAGACGGGAAAUAUUGCGGCUUUAUUAUCACCUGAUAAUGAGAAAGGAGCGCUUGGUAAUGGGCAUGCGAAUGGUAUGGUGUCGAAGCCGAAUAGUAUUCAUUCAGUCAGCAAGGGAUCACUGAGGGAGGAGAUCUGGUUGAUGUUGAUGUUCCGGAUGAGUUUGUGGUGGUUGUUGCAUGAUUUUGAUGAGAAGGAUGCUUUGAUUUUGCCGCCGAGGUUGAUGGGGAGUCGGAUGCCCGUGUAUAUCUUGUAG